CCAUUUCGAAUUCGCCCUAUUUAAAAACCCCCAUCCGCUCUCUCUCCCUCUCUCGUCGUCUCUCCGCCCCCCGUUCUCUCUCCCUUCAUCCUCGGAAUCGUGGACAGGCCGCGGUGUAAGAUCUUCUGAAAUGGCCGACGGUGAGGAUAUCCAGCCCCUUGUUUGUGACAAUGGUACUGGAAUGGUCAAGGCCGGUUUCGCCGGAGAUGAUGCACCUAGGGCUGUGUUCCCUAGCAUCGUGGGCCGACCUCGUCACACCGGUGUCAUGGUUGGAAUGGGCCAGAAAGAUGCCUAUGUUGGUGACGAGGCUCAAUCGAAGAGAGGUAUUUUGACCUUGAAGUAUCCUAUUGAGCACGGUAUCGUUAGCAACUGGGAUGACAUGGAGAAGAUCUGGCAUCACACCUUCUACAACGAGCUCCGUGUUGCCCCCGAGGAGCACCCUAUAUUGCUCACCGAAGCCCCUCUCAAUCCUAAGGCAAACAGAGAGAAGAUGACCCAGAUCAUGUUCGAAACCUUCAAUGUCCCGGCCAUGUAUGUUGCAAUCCAGGCAGUUCUUUCCCUGUAUGCCAGUGGUCGUACAACCGGUAUCGUGCUUGAUUCUGGUGAUGGUGUGAGCCACACUGUCCCUAUAUAUGAAGGAUAUGCCCUCCCUCAUGCCAUCCUUCGUUUGGACCUUGCUGGUCGUGAUCUCACGGAUGCCUUGAUGAAGAUUCUUACUGAGAGAGGUUAUUCCUUCACGACCACUGCUGAGCGAGAAAUUGUCAGGGAUAUCAAGGAGAAGCUUGCAUAUGUUGCCCUGGACUAUGAGCAGGAGCUCGAGAGCGCUAAGACCAGCUCCUCCGUGGAAAAGAGCUAUGAGCUGCCAGAUGGACAGGUAAUCACGAUCGGUGCAGAGAGAUUCCGAUGCCCAGAGGUUCUCUUCCAGCCAUCUCUGAUUGGUAUGGAAGCCGCUGGUAUCCAUGAGACGACUUACAACUCGAUCAUGAAGUGUGAUGUGGAUAUCAGAAAAGACCUGUAUGGCAAUAUAGUUCUCAGUGGUGGAACGACUAUGUUCCCUGGAAUUGCUGACCGCAUGAGCAAGGAGAUCACGGCCCUUGCACCAAGCAGCAUGAAGAUCAAGGUGGUUGCUCCACCAGAGCGGAAGUACAGUGUCUGGAUUGGAGGCUCCAUCCUGGCUUCCCUCAGCACAUUCCAGCAGAUGUGGAUUUCCAAGGGUGAAUAUGAAGAAUCUGGUCCGUCGAUUGUCCACAGGAAGUGCUUCUGAGCUUCAUGGGUCCUCAAAUUAUGUUUACUCUUCAGACUGUUUUUUGAAUCUAAGUUAUGUAAGUUUAUUUUCCAAAUUGAUGUGGUUUUAAUCUGGGGGACAUGUUGGGUUUGAUCGAGUUACAUUUGUACUCUAGAUACCAUGAACAUAUAUGCAAUGACUACCCAUUUAUCAUAAGAUAAAUAAUUUGGUC